AUGGGUCUAAGAAAGCCGCUGAGCAUCAGUGACAAGGAUAGCAUCUCCUGGACCAGUUGUAAUUACAAAGCUCUUAUAAAUAUGAUCUACUUUUAUCCUUACCAGCAGCGGCAGGGUAAUACUUGUGACAAAGAAAGCAUCGGUAUUGAAGAAGGAGGCCCUCAUAAGAAAGUUCCCAUUUGGAUCGAAUACAAGGUGCCCAGUUUGGUGUUCAAAGCCCUUCAUAACCCAGCCUCCACCUAUCUUUCUUAUCUUCUUAUACCUUAUUUCCUUCCAGCCCUGGCAGCCAGCCCCGGGUUUACUUUCAGUUUGCUAAACAAAAUUAGAGCCAAUAUCAAUCCCCUCCAUCAAUAUAAAUUAAUUCAUACUACUUUGUCAAAAAAAGGACUAGAAGAAUUUUUUGAUGAUCCAAAAAAUUGGGGAGCAGAAACAGUCAAAUCAGGUGCUGCACGGACCCAUGAACAGUUAAGGUGCAAGAGUAAUGAAGAUUUGCAUAAGCUCUGGUAUGUCCUACUGAAAGAAAGAAACAUGCUUCUCAUGUUACAGCAGGAGACCAAAAGACAGAGAUUGCUAAUGCAGAGUCCAGAGCAAUUAGAAAAGGUGACAGAGUUCAUGGAUGCUUUAGAUAAAGUUGUUCAGGAAAGAGAUGAUGCUUUGAGACUUCUUCAGACAAGUCAAGAAAAGCCAAGACCAGGUGACUUCAGGAAAGACAUUUUUGGACAUAUCAUAUGGUACAAGUACAAGCAGUGGCCUGUAAUACCCUGGCACCUCAACAAAAGAUACAACAGAAAUAAAUACUUUACAAUGCUUUUUGUGGAUCAGUUUGUCAGAUUGAGGCUUGCAAAGUACUUGCAUAGUGAAGCCAAGAAGAAAAGUUUAAAGAGAAGGAAAGAGAAGAUACUUCAAAGAAAAUUUCCACAUAUGUCUGCUGAAGCCCCAAACUGA